GUUGAUGGAGGGAACGAACGACGAAACCGAUUCUCUGUCUUCCUCCUUCCUCCUUCCUCCUCUCUUUCCCUUUCGCCAUCGUUUCGCUGUCGGUGCACGCAAUCGCUUCCCGUCGAUCCUCUCCUCUCCGUCGCCGCCGACGAGCUGUUCUCGCUCCGAUCGAUCGAUCGAUCGGACCGAUCCCGAUUCCGAUAAGCCUUCGCCGGAGCCGGGGGAGAAGAUGAAGGUCACGGCCCUGCUGGUUCUGAAAUGCGACCCCGGCGGCUCCGAUCCGGUGAUCCUCGCCAACGCCACCGACGUCAGCCACUUCGGCUACUUCCAGCGCUCCAGCGUCAAGGAGUUCAUCGUCUUCGUCGGCCGCACCGUCGCCAGGCGCACGCCCCCGGGCCAGCGCCAAUCCGUGCAGCACGAAGAGUACAAGGUGCACGCUUACAAUAGAAAUGGCCUUUGUGCGUUGGGAUUCAUGGACGAUCAUUAUCCGGUUCGAAGUGCAUUUUCUCUGUUGAAUCAGGUGCUGGAUGAGUAUCAGAAGAAUUUUGGUGAUUCUUGGAGGAGUGUAAACUUGGAUAACACUCAACCAUGGCCAUAUUUGAACGAAGCUCUAACUAAAUUUCAGGAUCCAGCUGAGGCUGAUAAAUUGUUGAAAAUUCAGAGGGAGUUGGACGAAACAAAAAUUAUCUUGCACAAAACUAUCGAUAGUGUGCUCGAACGAGGUGAGAAGUUGGACAGUUUGGUUGAGAAGAGUUCAGAUCUCAGUGCAUCAUCACAGUUGUUUUACAAACAAGCCAAGAAAACCAACCAGUGCUGCACCAUACUGUAACGUUUUGAGGAGACUAAAGAGAAGAUACGCUGUGUAAACACGUAACUUGGUUCCAAUAGUGGUCAUUCCGUCUGGGGAAUACAGAGCAGAUGGCAUAGUAUAUACCAUCAUGGUGAUAUACCUUCUUUCUGCUGCUUUGAUAAGUGCAAACUUGCGGUUCGUGGUUUUUGGCUGAAUCUGUCUUAGUUAUGUAUAAAAGCUGUUUAGCAUCGACAGCUGAUUGUCCACUGUUCUUUGAUUUUCUUUCUAAUUGUUCAACUGAAACAAUGAUUUGUUCAUGAUGAGCAGUCCAGCUGGUUUGUUUUUGUUUCUA